UGAGGAAUGAGCCCUAACAACGUUAGAUAUGCAGCAGAAAAUUCCCAAUUUUUAUUUACCACAAAUCAGCCCUGAAGUAGUGGGCGUGGCACAGCACAGGUGAGUCUCAGGAGGAGGAGAUCUCAAACACAGGAAGCUGAAAAAGAGUGGCCUGUUUUGUUUUUUUCCGGCAUAAACGAAAACACAAACACGUUGUGUACGGAGUCAAAAAGGCAGAGGAAAAAUGCCAGAGAGGUCGAGCCACCACCAGAGGAGUGAUGUGUACGAUGAGUACAAGAGCAGGGACAGAGAUCACUCACACAAUGGAGACCACCGAUCACAUGAUGGCAGGGAUCGCCACCAGAAGCCAAGAGAAAUGGACAGGAGAGGCUCUCCAGGUGACAGGAGGGCCAAACAAAACAGACAGAGGGACAUGACAACUGCCUCUCAUGAGGAGCCUGGUUACAGAGACCAGGACCAUGAAGGACCCUCAAGACUGUCCAGAGAGACUCCGGUCUAUCACUCUGAAGGGGAGAAUUAUGAGCCACAACACAGACAAGCUCCUUACAAUCUCAGAUACAUCUUAACCAGCAGAGGUCUCUGCCAGCUUAUGGAGGUGUUUGUGAAUCUGCUUCUGGUCAUCUGUGCUGGAGUGCCGUACAGCAACAACGGGGGCUACCGUGACCUGGCCAGCCUCGGUGGAAUCUACUAUUAUCACUUCGGUGGAGCCAAUGCCUUCACUGGAGCCGAUGCAGAGAGGGUGAAGGAGCUGGACCGACUGUUCCAUCAGCUGAAGCAGCCUCCGUAUGCCUUCACCAUGGCCUGCGGGGGGGUUCUAAUGAUCUACGCGUGUGCCAUGCUUGCCCUGGGGAUUUUCAAGGUGACUUACCGCUGGCCCCCUGUGCUGCUUGGGGAGGCUCUGCUGAACCUCCUGAUCGGCCUGGGCUACAUCCCUGCACUGGCCUUCUACUUUAUUAAGCUGCAGGGAACCUACAAUGAUCCUAUCUGUACGGAGAGAGAGCAGAUGUACAAGAGCAAAGGGCACAAGGGAUUUGAGUGCCAGUUUCACGGCGCCGAUAUUGCAGGAGGUCUCUUUGGGGUGGCGGGGGUGUUUGUUUUCAUCUUUGGUGCAGUGUUGGCUGUCAGAGCUUUCAGGUCAGUGCGUGAGCUAAAGAAGCAAAGGACAAAUGAGGACAACAAUUAUUAAGACUUUUCUUCUAAGCCUAUUUGAUCAAAAGUGGGAUUGAUUAGCGACCCCUGUGACAAGACAACACAGGAGUUUUUGUCAUAUAAGGUGUUAUCAUGUAUUCACUCUGAAU